AUGCGCGCUGAUGAAUUCACAGGUGAUCUUGACUCGCCCAAGGCACCCAAGAGUUUGAAGUUACAGAACUCAGAUUCCUCUAAUGCAAUACUCGACAAGAAACUCGAUCGUGUGCUAUCACAAGCUGUUCACAGUGAUCCGUCCCUGGAAGAACUUCUCCAUCUCAGCCCCGUAUCUGUCGAAGAAGAUAUACUGCCUCAAUUUGACUCGAUUGCUCGCUCUCUCGUGCAGGAUCAUCAUCUGGUGGUGUCGAACGGAGCGACGCGCACGGCGUACCAGAUACUGGAAUUGGAACUAUACUACUUCAGACCUGGCUGCCACGAGGACCCGUUUACGCAUGGGAGCGAGGAACAAAAGGAGAGCGGACAAUGGUACUUCCAUCGCGCUCCGCGCAAGUCUAUCACGUCCUUGGACUCUCCCGUCGGAACGAACGGGUACAGAGGAGGAACUCGAAAGGGUCUCGAUCUGACAAUAAGCAGCUCCAGGACACGCGUCUCGCAGGGUUUUGCUGCCGAGACGUCUGACGCAAGCAGCAAACGCCCUAAGGAUCGUGGUGGCGUUCUACUGCGAACGAUUCGUCGAUGCUCUGACGCAAAGGUAAUAUCGGGACCUUCUCUACUCGUGGAUGAGAUCCUCCGUGCUAGCGGAGCGUCGAGCAUCACAGAACUCGUCACAGUGAAGUGGAAAGGCUGUAUCUCUGCUUUUCCUCCGACCGCACAGGACAAAGGUUUCGAGGAGACGCCGGUCAUAUCACUGAGCCUCGAGCGGAUAGAGCGCUUUCCGGACACCAUGCGGCCGCGAAUCUUCCGCUCUCCCAGAAUCGGUCUCGAUUUGUCGAACCCGGACAUACCCUCAGACCGCCCACUUACGCACCCUCGCGUGAUAUUCGUUUCCCGGCCUUAUCGGUUUUUCAUCCAUCCGCACCUGCUCACAGCGAACGGGCGUGGCCAAACGUUCCUAGGAGUGUACCGAAGCUGUGAAAGCUGCGGCACGAUGGACGAAUACCAAUUGCUGAACGAAGUCGUGCGAUUGACUGGACUCAAAAUGCCUACCGCAGUUAAAUACCUCAGUGAGUACAAGCGAGGAGUCACAGCGGGGGAAUUGAGAACGUUCAUUGGAGCGAGCGGCAAGGGAGCCUCGGCGUCUCCUAUGUCCUUCCUGAAACUCAUGGGCAUCCUGCAGAGGCUGCAGGGUGAUCUGAACAGUGUGAGCCAAGUCGCACUAGACGGCCGUUGCACGUCAUACACUUGA